CUUCGGGCGUGUGCAAUUGGUCUUAUCAGGCUAUUAAACUCAGCUACCGGCAACUGCGUGAUUGUGGUGUGGACAUUUGACCACUCCCUCCCUUUCCGAACGAAUGGAACAUGCCAAAGCGGCGGCUCGCUCAGUCUUGCGCCUAUCUUUAGCCCCACGCCGCUUUCAUUGCUCUGCUGUGGUCUUCUCCAGAUUUCAUUAAAUCACAGCAAAGGCUAUCAUUGUUCAGAUGUCCUUAGAGAUAAGUUGUGCAACUUUUAUGAAGUUUCCUUCAAACUUUAGUCGACAUGAUUUGGUUGCCUAAGUUAGAAGUUUCCGAGGAUCAACGCAGCGUGUAAAUUCUCAUUCGGGAAUGUUUAUUAUUUUUUCUGGAAAAGAGCAGCUAAAGGACUCCUUCGAUUUAGUGACAUGACAACACCAACCAUGGCUCAGAGGCUGCUGAACAUAUGGAGAGCUUUCUUACUGCUUCUGCUAAUGAUGCUGGGAGAAUCAAAGGAUAUCCAUGUGCUGAACUCUACAAUAUGGCCACUGUAUCCUCACAAGCCUUUACUUCUGGCUUGGAAUGCCCCAACAGAGGACUGUAAGCCUCGUCAUGGUGUGGAUUUCAAGCUUGACCAGUUCCAGAUUGUGGCAUCGCCCAAUGAAGGCUUCACUCGCCAGAACCUGACCAUCUUCUAUAAGGACAGACUGGGCUUGUACCCUUACAUAGACUCUGGCGGCCAUCUGGUGAAUGGAGGCCUCCCUCAGAAGGCCAGCCUCACCCAGCACCGUGAGAAGCUUCCUGAUGCCGUCGACUACUACAUCCGAGAUCCAGCUGCCAAGGGACUGGCCGUCAUCGACUGGGAGGAGUGGCGCCCUCUCUGGAUCCGGAAUUGGCAAACCAAGAAUGUGUACCGGAAUCAGUCCCGCGCGAUGGUGUUGCAGAAGAAGCCCACAAUGUCUGGAACAAGCGUCAACAAAGUGGCCCAGCAGGAGUUUGAGAUGUCAGCACGCCUGUUCAUGCUGGAAACUCUUCGCCUGGUCAAGAGUCUUCGUCCUGGUCAGCUGUGGGGCUUCUACCUCUUCCCUGACUGCUAUAACCACGACUACCAGAACAGUCUGGAGAACUACACGGGCCGCUGUCCGGACGUGGAGGUGGCACGCAAUGACCAGCUCCGUUGGCUGUGGGCAGAGAGCACUGCACUCUUCCCCUCGGCCUACAUGGGUUCCAAACUGCGCUCCUCACCUUUGGCGCGCCUCUUCGUUAGGAACCGAGUGCGAGAAGCCCUCCGAUUGGCCCAGGGUGGGGAGGGGGAGGGCCCCGCGCGCCCAGUGUUCGUGUAUGCCAGGCCCACCUAUGCCACUGAUCUGGAGCUACUCACACAGAGUGAUCUGGUCUCUACCAUUGGAGAGAGUGUGGCGCUGGGGACGGCAGGCAUCAUACUGUGGGGAGAUGCCACAUAUGCAGGAAGCAAAGACAGCUGUGUCAGCCUGAGUGAGUACUUAAGUGGGCCUCUGGGUCGCUACCUGCUGAACGUUUCCACGGCAGCGGAGCAGUGCAGCCAGGCCCUGUGUGGAUGGCACGGCCGCUGCCUGCGCAGGAACCCAGACACGGACACCUACCUGCAUCUCAGCCCACUGACCCACAGCAUCCAGGAGCAGCGUGGCCGGCUGCGCGUGCUCAGGGUAGGAGGAGAGCAUGACGCAGGGGAGGAGAGGAGGAGAUGGGACGAGGACUUCAGGUGCCAGUGCUACAGCGGGUACCAGGGCGAGGGCUGUGCAGUCCAAGACCCCCAGCAGCAGAGGGGGGGUGCCGUGCCCGCUGUGUGGGAGCAGGGGGUACAGCGUCUGGUCCUGCUGCUGGUGCCAGUGAUGAUGAUGGUCCCACUGCUACACUGAACAGACCGAACCACACAAGAGACAUUCGCAACACACACAAGCAUGCACAUAGGCAAACCCACACACACACACACACACACACACACA